AUGAGCCGCAGCUUGGAAGAGGCGCGGAGCUUCUUGGAGCAACUGGAGGCAUGGGGCGGCCGGGAGGGGGCGGUCCUCGCCUGCGAGUUCAGCGACAUCCGGGCCCGCUCAGCCUCCUGGAAGACAGACAGCGUGUGUUCCACUGAGGCUGGCAGUCGACCAGAAAAUGUGAGGAAGAACCGCUACAAAGAUGUGCUGCCAUAUGAUCACACACGAGUGAUCCUUUCCCUGCUCCAGGAAGACAGACAUGGAGACUACAUCAAUGGCAACUUUAUCCGGGGCACAGAUGGAAGCCAGGCCUACAUCACCACGCAAGGACCCCUACCUCACACCUUGCUAGACUUCUGGCGCGUGAUCUGGGAGUUUGGGGUCAAGAUGAUCUUGAUGGCCUGUCGGGAGAUGGAAAAUGGGCGGAAAAAGUGUGAGCGUUAUUGGGCCCAAGAACAGGAGCCACUGCAGAUUGGGCUUUUCUGCAUCACUCUGACAAGGGAGACAUGGCUGAAUGCAGACAUCACGCUCAGGACCCUUCAGGUCACCUUCCAGAAGGAAUCCCGCUCUGUGUACCAGCUGCAGUAUAUGUCCUGGCCAGACAGAGGGGUCCCUAGCAAUCCUGACCACGUGCUCGCCAUGGUGGAGGAAGCCCGGCACCCUCAGGGAUCUGGCCCCAACCCCCUCUGUGUCCACUGCAGCGCGGGCUGUGGGCGAACAGGUGUGCUGUGCACCGUGGAUUAUGUGAGACAGUUGCUCCUAACCCAGAUGAUCCCACCUAACUGCAGCCUCUUCAGUGUGGUCCUCGAGAUUCGGAGGCAGCAGCCUGCAGCCACACAGACAGAGGGGCAGUACAGGUUCCUGUAUCACACAGUGGCUCAGAUGUUCCUCUCAGCGCUCCAAAAUGCCACCAGCCCUCACGACCAGAACCUCAAGGAGAAUUGUGCCCCACUCUACGAUGACACCUUCUUCCGGCCGUCCGGCGCGGUCCUCAGGAGCAUCUCGGUGCCCGGGCCCCCGGGCCUCGCCAUGGCCGACACGUACGCUGUAGUGCAGAAGCGCGCGGCUCCCGCGGGUACCGGGGCAGAGGCGGGCGCGCGGGCGCGCGGCGCGGAGGAGACGCCCCUCUACAGCCAGGUGACGCCGCGCGCCCGGCGGCCCCAGGCGCGCUCGGAGGACGGGCGCGGGCCGCUAACCGGCCGCGCUCCUGUUGACCAAAGCCCAGCAGGGCCUGGCGCCUACGAGGACGUGGUAGAUGGAGCUCAGACUAGUGGCCUAGGCUUCAACCUGCGCAUUGGAAGGCCUAAAGGACCCCGGGACCCGCCUGCCGAGUGGACCCGCGUUUGAGUGCAGCGCCCUUGCCUGCCUGUUGGGUGCCUGGUCCACAUGGGUACCUGGACUGCUGAGGGCCGUGGUCUACUCUGUGAAGUGCUGGAAAUGGGGUUGCUGGGCUGAAUCAAAAUAAAAGUUUCUCAGUGUGGAAAAUAUGGGGGCUUUGCCUCAGUGAUCAUAGCGUUCAAGGCCUGAGGCUUGGGGAGGUAGUUG